GUGAUCUCUCUUUUAAUAUCAUGAUUGGGAACAAAAGCUUUAAAAAAAAAAACUGUGAUAGACUUAAUCAAGAAUAAUAACCUUGAAUAAUUUUCCUUUUAGGGAAGCAUGUUCCAGUCUCUCAGAAGUUCCAAUAGCUCUAAGUUCCAGGUCUCUGAGUUCAUCCUGAUGGGAUUCCCAGGCAUUCAGGAGUGGCAACACUGGCUCUCCCUGCCCUUGGCUCUGCUCUACCUCUUAGUUCUUGGUGCCAAUAUCCUUAUCCUGAUCACCAUUAACCAAGAGGCUGUAUUGCACCAGCCUAUGUACCAUUUUCUGGGCAUCCUGGCUGUGGUGGACAUGGGCUUGGCUACCACCAUCAUGCCCAAGAUUUUGGCCAUCUUAUGGUUCAAUGCUAAGGCCAUCAGUCUCCCUGAGUGCUUUUCUCAGAUGUAUGUCAUACAUUGUUUUGUGACCAUGGAGUCAGGCAUCUUCCUCUGCAUGGCUAUUGAUAGAUAUGUAGCCAUUUGCCGACCUCUACAAUAUUCAUCAGUAAUUACUGAAUCUUUUGUGGUCAAAGCAACUGUAUUAAUGACACUCAGAAACAGCCUGUUAACCAUCCCAGUACCUGUGUUGGCUUCUCAGAGGCACUACUGCUUCCAGAAUGAAAUUGAGCAUUGUCUGUGCUCUAACCUUGGAGUGACUAGCCUCUCCUGUGAUGACAGGACAAUCAACAGCAUCUACCAGCUACUUCUGGCUUGGACACUCAUGGGCAGUGACCUGGGUAUGAUUAUUUUAUCAUAUGCUUUGAUACUGCAGUCUGUGCUAAGGUUGAAUUCAGCAGAAGCUGCCUCUAAGGCCCUGAGCACCUGCACUUCCCAUCUCAUUCUAAUUCUUUUCUUCUACACAGUUGUCGUUGUCAUUUCCAUUACUCACAGUGCAGCAAUGACAGUUCCCCUCUUCCCAGUUCUACUCAAUGUGUUACAUAAUGUCCUUCCUCCUGCCCUCAACCCUGUGGUCUAUGCACUCAAGAACAAGACACUCAGGCAGGGCUUGAGGAAGGUACUUAGACUGGGGAUCAAGAAUAACUAACGUGGAGAUGGUGCUCAUGCUUGUUAAUUUCCCCGUAUACUUAUCAACAUAUUCUCUGAAGAUUGCUGAGUGCAGAAGAGAUAAGGAAAAGGGAUACUAUGCCAGAUCUUCAUUAGUAUAAGGAAUCAGUGACAACUACUGAAAUUUAAAAAAGGGAGGAGGGAUCACUAAUAUUUGAAAUCUUUGUAAGUUAAGCAAAAAUCUUAAUAGAGUAACAUAAUGAUGUUGAUUGUCUCAAAGAAUCCAAGAAAAGAACAACUGGGAUAUGUGGAUAUGUUGCCUGAACUUCCUCAGGCCUCUCUCGUAUUACUUCCUAUGGAUUUUCUACAUUCUUUGUUCUUGCUGCAGAAUAUCUUUCUUCAUUUCUCAGUUGACAAGCGAAAAAAAAAAAAACACCUAUUGCCAAAAUGGAUCACAUUCGUUAGUUCAAGAAAUUUCAGAAUAAUUUGGAAUAUACUAUCCCUAUGUCAGUUAUCCAGGGAACCAUUCUCAUUGGUCUAGUUUGGAUUGGGUAAUCCAUUCUGGAAUAAUUGACUAUGGUCGAAGAGUCAUAUCCUUGAUGGAUCGCUGAAUAGAGUAAUUAAAUAGCCCUUACAGUACCAAUGAAACAAAAACUCCUAAAAUCAUGAUCAUAGUACCCUUUCACUGAACUUAAUGAAAACUAUU